CAUUCUAGCAGCACAAAAGGAGGUGGCGCAUGUUUUUCGAAUGCUUUGCGUAAUGAACACCGUGUAUAACACUGUAAUUGAAGACAAAUAACUGUCACUGGAAAAUAAGCAGAUGCUAAUAUUUGCGACCUGUUUAUGAAAGCUUCUUAAUUUAUUCGCAGAAAAACCUUUUUUAACUACUGAGAAAAAUUCAACGCCGUUGCUUUUAUUAUCACAUUUUCCUGCGGCUUGGGCGUUAAUCCAAGUCGCCAAAUAAUAACACCAAACUGGAGGCCGAGUCAGAAAGAUGGACAUUGAGACGUGGAUUGCCUCCUUCAAAACCGAGCUGAGUUCGACUUUCCAUAAUGCUCUCAGGGGAACGCUGGAAGCAGUGGAGGCGGAGGUCAACCGAGUUCUGGAUGAAAAGUUCGCAGCUUUAAUGUACGAUUUAGAGCAGCGAGAUGCCAUUUCAGAAAAGGUGCACAGCUGGGUCGAAUGCCGAUCCUCUCGCUCGGAGGUCCAAAGCCCUACUGAGGACUGCACUCUUGUUUUUCAAGAGCCGGAGCAUCUUUCCGUUGAUGCCGUUAGUCCACACUCGCCGAAACCGGUAGCUCUGAUUUGUCAUCAGGCGAUUGCCAUUCACGAAGGUGACCAAGAAGAAGCCAUCCUUCCACAUAAUGAGGGUGGAUCAGAGAUGGAUUUGGUUUACAUUCAAAGUACGUUUUUGGAAAAGGAUUGGGUUGUCAGCCUGCAACAAGUGACAAACUUCUCGUCAGUUCACAGUAAAGAGAGUGACAAUAAUUAUGAACAAUGUGAGGAAACUGAGCUUCAGCCUGUGUACAGUAUUAAGGAUGACACAGUGCUUAACAGCUCAUGCGUUAAAGAGGAGCUUUCACGGCUGGCAGCUAGUGAAAUUGAGGAAUCUGACUCUGAGCAAGAGUUUGUCAGUAUUGCUGGGGAGGUUUGUGAGCUGGGUUCAGUUUGUAUUAAAGAGGAGAACUCUGAAUCAUUAGUUGCACCACCGAUGGAGGACAUAGAUGACAUACAAGACAUCCACAUUAAAGGGGAAACGUCAUUCCAACAGCUCCCAGAGUCUGCCCAAGAUGAAAGUAAAAACUUGGCAAACAAACUCUGCAUAAUAUCUGCCACAUCCUUGGCAGAGGAGGUUCCUAAGUCUGAACCUGUUUCAGAGCUGGUGCAGGAACCUCAUUUGGAGCCAGUUGUUACGUUAAAGAAGCACUCUGUUUCAGAUCCAGUGACCAUCAUGAAUAAAAUCCCCAGACUGGAGCCUUCAGUAAGAGUGAAACGAAUCCCAGAAUCCAACCUUGCUCAUUUGUUAAAGGAUACAUUUGAAAUUAAUUGCACUAUUGGAAUCAAAAAUUCCUCUAUUUCAAGUACAACCGAAGGUGAGAUGGGGCCAUCUAACGUUGACUCUACUUUUAACACAGAGGGAGAUUCCGUGUCCCACUCUGUGGAAGUGACUAUACAUGACUUGUCUGAAUCGGACACUGUAGUUGAAACUCGAGAGAAUUCUUUGUCUCCUCCACCUUCAGAACAGAAUAUAGAUUCUGAGACUCAGUCAGUUCUUUUGGAGAUGGAUACUUUUGAGUCUUCAUAUCUUGUGGAUAAGGAUGGGGAUCUUACAUCUCAAUCAGAUCCAGGAGCAAGCAAUAGUUCCAAAUUAGACUUUAGUGUUAAGGAGAACACAACAUAUGGACAGAACUCUGCAGCAGAAGCAAAUGAGAAUAUAUUUUCUGAGCAAGGGGGUGCUAACAGCAAUGUGCAACAGUUGUAUAAUAUGACACCAGCUGAUUCCAGCACUAGGGACAGUGAAGAAACUGAAGAAGGAUCAGUGCAUAUACCUUUGAAAAAUUCGGACAGCACAUCCCUUUUGAAAAGAUUCACCGAUGAUCAGUUGCGUGAGAUGCUAAGGUCUAAAAGAUUUGAGAUCUCCUGCAUGAAAGAACCACUUUUGUUUUUAAGUAGCCUUCGAGACAAUGGUGUCAUCACACAGCAUAAGUAUGAGGAGGUCAACAGCCUGAAAGCAAAACGACAACGCAACAAAGUUAUUUACAGGCUUCUAGUGGAAUUGGGUGAAGAUUCCAAGAAGAUUCGUCUUUUUUGGACUCUCCUGGGAAAUGAUCUGAAAAUGCUGCACUACCUAAGGCUUCAAAGCCUUUCCUGCUCACAUUUUAAAGGGAAAAGCCCAAGUAAUGCUGUUCCUGAAGGAAGUAUCGCAAAAAACACUACCCCUAAACUCUCCCUUCAAGCGACGGAAAAUCUCAAAAGAACGCAGGAAAAGUCUAACACAGUUUCAGGACUGGCAAAAAAGAGAACCCGACUCCUCUUGAAUGGAACCAAAGACUUAAAUAUGUACGGCCAUCCUGCUUUUUGUCACAAUAAAUUGAGAGAUUCUCUUCGGGAUGGCGUUCAAUUAAGUAAAACAGGAAAAAUUGGACAUGCUUUAAAAAAACGAGCUCUACUGACUGCAUCCUCCACGCCACCAGCUAUCAAGAAAUACACUAGGAAGUACAGCACCGAAAAGGUACAAAACGGAAAACAACAAAUACAACCUGUUAAAAGACUGAAAGGACAGAGCUGUUUAACACAAGGGACAAAGUCGUCGAAACGCAAAGGAAAGAAACGUCUCAGGGUACAUUAUAAUGAAGAGAGGGAGACGUGGAAAAAGCCAGUUAUACCCGUGUGGUGUGGCAGUAAGAAAGGCUUUUUGUACAAGGACAGGCUUGGAAGCAUUCCAGUUAAAAAGAGCAUUAAAGUUGGUAAACAGUGGUACAGUCCAAUGGAAUUUGAGAAGCUUGGGGGAAGAGAGAGCAGCAAGAACUGGAAAAAAAGUGUCAAGUGCGGCAGCGCAAUGCUGUUCACAUUGAUCGAGAAUGGUUACAUCAAACUACCACCAAGAAGAAAGAAAGUAGAAACUGACCGGUCAUUAAGACUUCGGAGUAAACCGUGUGCUUAGCCCCCGUGCUGAGAAUGGAUGGCCACAGAGGAACCUGCUACACCAGGAGAAGCAGCCCUAAAGUUGCUGAAGCACCAGCACCUGCUGUAAAGACAACUUUCUGUAAUGUGACUCAAGAAAACCGCCAAUGAAAGGCCACAUCUAAGCCCUCUGUCAACCUAAGGUGCCUUACGUAUUUGGAAUUAUCACAUGUCACGCUCUGCUUCUGCCACAUUAAGUAUGAAAAACAAGUUCAUCUUUGAAUUGAAUUUAAACUUUUAUUGACGAGUAACGCAGUUGCUAGGAAUUUCUCUUGGCAUCCAUACGCCAUGUGUUAAUACCAAGAGAAAUUUGCGGCAAGUAUAUAUAUAUGUAAAAACAUUUUCAUAAAGUUGAAUUAUCAGAUUUAGGGUGGUGUUAUCCCUCAUGACCCAUUUUCACCAGUGGUUUAAGUAAAAUACUGCUCUACCAAACCUUUUAUAAAAGUAGACGUGUCUUCUCUGCUUUACCGUUAAGGCCUGAUAGACUGACACAUUUUAUUAACCUGAUUUAAAUAAUGUUUGAAUGCGUUGAUCACAUAAGGUAUGUGGUCUUCCCCCUCCCCCAUUCAUGCCCAAUCAUCAGAGGCCCAUUAGCCAAUGAUGGCCUGAAUAGGAGGUGUCCAUUUUAAUACUGGGGACCUUUUGCCCUGUUAUAUAGCUUGUCUGUUCUCAGACUGAAGCAACGCCUUUUUUAUUUACAGCCAGUAACAUAAAGGUGUUAAAAAUGGAAAGAAGAUAUUUACAAGUAUGGUUUUAUAAAAUAUUUAUACUACAGACAAAUGUUAGCUUUGUAACUUAAAAGGAAUGUGUUAUGGACCUUUACUUGUACUUUGUGUUCAUAAUUUGUACGCAUUUGGGGAAGAUUUUAUUUUUAUAAAGAUUUUUUAAUUCUAUUCCAUGCGAGUAAUACCAACCAAUAAAUCAUUUUGAACAUUAAAAGAUUUGUUUUUCUCAAUCCUCACAGAGCAGCAACUUCAAUGAAAGGACG